AUGGCCAUUAAGGGUUCUUCCUCUUCUUCUUCCACCGAUGGAUGGAAAUACGAUGUCUUUCUUAGCUUUCGAGGCGAGGACACACGCUACAGUUUUACAGACCAUUUGCACAGCAGUUUGGUUCGGAAGGGGAUCCACACCUUCAUAGAUGAUGGGCUUGUACGAGGAGAAGAAAUAUCACAAGCGCUUCUCAAAGCAAUUGAAGGGUCGAUGAUUUCUCUCAUCAUAUUCUCUGAAAACUAUGCAUCCUCCAAGUGGUGCUUGGAUGAACUCGCUCAUAUCAUGCAAUGUAAAAAAUCAAAUCAACAAAUGGUAAUUCCAAUUUUUUACAAAGUGCAUCCCUCAGAUCUACGACACCAGACAGGUUGCUUUGGGAAGGCACUUGCUAGCCAUGAAUGCAACUUCAAGGAUGAUCCGGAGAAGGUGAUAAGAUGGAAGGCAGCUCUCACAGAAGCAGCAAAUUUGUCUGGGUGGCAUCUAACAAGCGGGUAA